AUGGAACAUCAAAAGGAACAUUUUCGUCAUAUUUUACUUUUUUAUUUCCGCAAAGGGAAAAACGCAUCGCAAGCUCACAAAAAGUUAUGUGCUGUUUAUGUUGAUGACGACCUUAUCAAAGCAAUAAUCGAUUCGGAUCGUCACAGUACAACACGUGAGAUCGCAGAGAAGCUCCAUGUAUCACAUACAUGCAUUGAAAAUCACUUAAAACAGCUUGGCUAUGUUCAAAAACUUGAUACAAAACCCACUUUAACACGCAACGCGCAUGUAACACAUUCGGAUUUGCUUAGAAAGAACGAUGAAAAAUGGGUUGUUUACAACAAUAUCGGAAAAGAUCGUGGAGCAAGCCAGGUGAACCAGCUCAAACAACAUCAAAAGAAGUUUUUUGCUAAUAAAAACCAGAAGUUUUAUGAACGUGGGAUUAUGAUGCUGCCUGAAAGAUGGCAAAAGGUCAUUGAUAAAAAUGGGCAAUACAUUACAGAAUAA